AUGUUGCGAUUGAAAGAUGCUGGUAGGCAGUUGAGGCUGUGGUCGGGUGGCAGGAGACUGUACUCGUCGCAGUCGUUGCGUGUUGGAGAUGGUGUUAGCGGGUUUAGGGUCGAUAGAGUGGUUGAGGUGCCGAAACUGGACAUGACGGCGGUGGAGCUGUCUCAUGCUGGGACUGGUGCUCGCCAUUUGCAUGUUAAUAGAAAGGAUACGAAUAAUGUUUUCGCGAUUGGGUUUAAGACGCUGCCUCCAGAUCACAGCGGUUUGCCUCAUAUUCUGGAACAUACCACUUUGUGUGGAUCGAAUAAGUUCCCGGUGAGAGACCCCUUUUUCAAGAUGCUGACGAGAUCUCUGGCCAAUUAUAUGAACGCUUUGACUGGUGUUGAUUAUACGUUUUAUCCGUUUGCUACUACGAAUGGCAAGGAUUUUGCCAAUUUACAGCAGGUUUAUUUGGAUUCGGUGUAUGAUCCGCUGUUGAGAGAACUGGAUUUCCGCCAGGAGGGCUGGCGUUUAGAGCACGAUGUUCCCGAGGAUAAAGAGAGUCCUCUUAUGUUCAAGGGUGUCGUUUAUAAUGAGAUGAAAGGACAGUUGUCGAAUCCGGCUUAUCUGUUUUAUAUCCGCUUUUUCCAAGCCAUAUAUCCUAGUUUACAGUUUAGUGGAGGUGAUCCUGCUCAUAUGACUGCUCUGGAGUAUAAGGAUUUGGUCAAUUUCCAUAACACCAGAUACCAUCCAUCGAACUCGUUUUCUUUCUCGUAUGGAAGUUUGCCGUUGACUGAGGCUUUAGAUCCUGUGGCUAAGGCAAUUGAGAAGAGAGCUGAGAAGAGUGGACUGGAGGGUGCUGUUAAUAGUGGUAAGGAGUCUAUUCCACAGCGUCCUGAACCUAUUUCUCUUGAUAAGAAUACUGAAAUAGAAGUCGAGGGACCCAUUGAUCCUACUGUGGAUCCUAAUAAGCAGUAUAAGGUCUCGUUGUCGUGGAUUGUUGGAGAUUCGAAUGAUCUCAAGAGUACUAUUGCAUGGAAGGUGCUGGGCACUCUGUUGACAGAUGGCCAUGCUUCGCCAUUCUAUAAGGCUCUUAUUGAUUCUGGUAUUGGUACUGAUUUCUCGGUGAAUACCGGGUUAGAAGAAACACCUGCCAAGAACAUUUUCACUAUUGGUUUGCAGGGACUUACUAAAGAAGCGGUUCCUCAGUUUGAAAAGGCAGUUGCCAAUGUCUUUGCCGACAUUGCUGAGAACGGAAUUCCUAAAGAGCGAUUAGAAGCCGUUUUGAACCAAGCUGAGUUGGCUGACCGUGAAGUAGAUGCUGGGUUUGGCAUGGAUCUGGUGUCAAGAUUGUUCCCCCGAGUUUUUAACGACCCUCGUAAUUACUUGGAUCUUCUUGAUAACGAGAAGAUUCUCAGUUCGUUCAGAACCCAGUAUAAUGAGAAUCCCGCUCUUUUCCAGGAUUUGGUGAAAUCUAAACUAGUGUCUGGACCAUUUUUGAAGUUUUCGAUGGUUCCAUCUGCCACUUUUGACCAAAACCUUGUCGAGCAAGAAAAGAAACAACUUCAAGAUAAAAUCGAUUCUUUGACUGAAGAAGAUAGAGUUCAAAUUUUUAAUAGCGGUUUAGAUCUUCUCGAGAACCAAAAGGCUCAAGAAGAUAUUUCAUCGUUGCCAUCGUUGGCCACUGAAGAUAUUUCUCUUCAAGCCACCAAAAUCGACGUCAAGAAAAUUGACGAUGCUGUUGUUGAUUCUGUCCAGAACCCAGUUCGAAUUUUCACUCGCGAGACUGGAACUCAAGGAUUAACCUACUUGCAUCUGUUCAAGAAUAUUUCCAACAAAGUCCCUAAGGAGCUGUAUCCCUAUUUGUCGCUGUUUUCCAGUGCCAUGAAUAAUGUCGGCACUAGUGACUACUCCAUGUCAGAGCUCGAGAAUAUUAUCAGACUCAACACUGGUGGAGUCUCUUCAUCACUUAUGAUCAGAACUGCUCCUCAAGCACUCCAGGCUAAGAAGUUGGAUGAUCUCCAAUUAUUACUUACCUUGGGUGGUUCUAGUUUGGAUGAAAAGUCGUCUUACCUUUAUGAUAUCCUACUUCAAAUUCUGGUGAAAGCUGAUUUCACCAAUAUUGAAAAGCUACGACCUCUUAUUCAGUCCAGUGCUGCCAACGCUCUAAACUCGUUAUCCGAUAGCGGUCAUAGGUUUGCCAUGGGACAUGCCAGAUCGGGUAUGUCUGCUAAAUCAUACCUCGAAGAGCAGUUGAGUGGUAUGGAACAGAUCAAGUUUAUUAUCAAGUUAUCCAAACUUGACGACAAGGCUCUAUUAGAGACAGUUGUGCCCAAACUUCAACAGAUUCAAGCCAUUGUCGCUCAGUCUAGUGGUCUAGAGGCUGGUUUGACAUUCACACCAAGUCAAACAACUCUUAACAACAACAUUAGUCAUUUGACUAAUUUUGUCAAGACGCUGUCUAAGGCAAAAUCCAACGACUCGUCCUCUGUAUUAACAGGACUUGAGAAUAGAUCAACUCAUCUCAAGACUCAGUUCCAACUUCCAUUCCAAGUCAGCUAUGUCGGAGCAGCUAUCCAAGGAGCAAGCUAUUUCGACCAGGACAGUGCAGCUCUUCAAAUCCUUAGCAACCUCCUCACUCAUAGAUAUUUGCACACUGAAAUCCGUGAAAAGGGUGGUGCCUACGGUGGAGGAGCUUCAUACUCGGCUAUGGAUGGUGUUUUGGCAUUCUACUCAUACCGUGAUCCAAACCCUCUCAACACUAUUGAAACUAUUGGCAAUACUGGAAGAUGGGCUGUUGCUAAAGAAUGGACUGAAAGAGAUCUCCGUGAAGCCAAACUAAGUAUAUUCCAAGGCAUUGAUGCACCUAUCAGUCCUAGAUCAGAGAUAUCCUAUGAACUUUACUACGGUUUGACAAAUGAAAUGCGUCAAGCUCGUCGCGAGGCGUUACUGGGUGUUUCAGUUAAGGAUAUUAGUGCAGUUGCUGAGAAGUAUUUGUUGAACACUGUUGACAAUUUGGGAAGCGACAAGGCCUCUUUGACAGUUCUUGGUCCAUCUAGAAGCGAGUUUACAGAGGAGCAAGGAUGGAAUGUUGUUGACCCAGAGAGUAACUAA